AUGGAAGAAGCCGCUGCACUGCAAGCGGCCUCUUCCCUGUCACUAGAAUUGGCGGCCCUUACGGGCCGCCUGCAUUUCUACGGAGGAAUACCAAUUUGUUUCCCACAUUUUGGAAACUGUGGGUCACUGGAACAACAUGGAUUUGCAAGGAACAAGAUUUGGGCAAUUGAUGAUAAUUCUCAACCCCUGCUCCCAAUUGAUUCCAAUGUGAAAUCCUUCAUUGACCUACUACUUAAACCAUCGGAAGAAGACCUAAAGUGCUGGCCCAAUAUGUAUGAGCUUGGCUCCUAUGCUCUUAGGGUGUCUCUUGCGACAGACGGAGAUUUGACACUGACAUCACGAGUUAGGAAUGUCAACGGCAAGCCGUUUAGUUUCUCAUUUGCCUAUCACACAGACUUGUCAGUUUCUGACAUAAAUGAACUAAGAAUCGAAGGGUUGGAGACAUUUUACUACCUAGACAAUCUUUGCCGAAGAGAACGCUUUACAGAACAAGGAGAUGCUAUAACUUUUGAAUCCGAGCUGGAUCGAGCUUAUCUUAGUUCUCCUAAUGUAAUCGCAGUCCUUGAUCAUGAAAAAAAUCGGACAUACGUAAUAAGAAAGGACGGACUUUCGGAUGCCGUGGUUUGGAAUCCUUGGGAGAAGAAAUCAAAAUCAAUGGUAGACAUUGGUGAUGAGGAAUACAAACAGAUGGUUUGUGUUGAUGGGGAAGCAAUCGAGAAACCCGUCACUUUGAAGCCAGGCGAGGAGUGGGCAGGGCCGUUGCAGCUCUCGGUUGUGCCUUCCAGUUUCUGCAAGGGUUAUCUCAAUCCUUUAAAAUUCGUAGUUUACGGGCUCUGAUUAGAAAAAAUAAUCAUGAUAUUAUCUUCCUGUCUGAAACUAAGACUGUUUCCAUUGCUAGUUCUUUAAUACAUCAACUUGGUUUCAAUAUGUUUGUUCAAGCACCUCCCUAUAACUCUCGAGGGGGACUUUUACUUGCCUGGAAAAAUGAUGUUACACUCUCUGAUUUUUAUGUCUCUCAUGAUAUGAUUUGUGCUUGGUGUUCCUUAGACUCCCCUACAA